AGUUUCAGUUGCUUUCUGAACGCGAAGUUUACUGGUCGUUAAACUUUACAAUCGGUUUUACUACUAUCGGACAUCUUUAACAUUAAAAUGUAUCAAAAUGACACCUAAAUUGUUUCGAGUCACGUUGAAGGUUAGCUUGUUCUUCGAAUCGAAUCAUCCUAAAAGAUUUUUUAAAUACAGUUGACCGUAGCCGCAGCCGUUACGAGAGAUUAGUAACGGACUAGAAAAUAUUUAUGAUUUUUUGACGUAAUUAUGAACUUUAUAUUAAACUAAGUGCGUCUCGUUUAAGUGACUUUUAAAGGAUAUUUAGUGAUUCAAAAUGAGUAAAACAGAUAAACCGAAAUAUGCUAGGAUCCAGUCGUAUGGUAGUAUGAGUUCAGCGCGAAGCGAGGACGACAUGACAGUCCACAGUCAAGUGUUUCCUUAUCCGAAAAAAAUGAUUGUCGAGCGGGAGAUACUGUAUGAAGAGGAGCACCCACCAUUCCAGCCUCUAUUCGCGACGACGAAGAUCUUCGGGAAGGCGAGGUUCGCAUGUUUGCUGUUAGUCUAUCUGACUUUCUACGCGACGUAUUUGCUGUCGGGGGCUCUGGUGUUCUCGGCUUUGGAAGCGCCAUUGGAAAACCAGAUUAGGUUGGAGGUGAUUCGCGCGAAACAAGACUUCGUUGCUAAAAACCCCGGUGUCUUAGCCGAAGAUCUGGAAUCGUUACUGGAUGUGGUGAUCAGCGCCAGUAACCGCGGUGUUUCGGGUUCGAGGAACGUCAGUGGAGGACCCAACUGGAGUUUCGGACAGUCCCUGUUCUUCGCCUCUACUGUUGUCACUACAAUUGGGUACGGCCAUGUGACUCCGCUUUCGAAGCCCGGGAAGCUGUUCUGCAUCGCGUACGCUCUGUUGGGGAUCCCUCUGACCCUGGUACUCAUGUCGGCCCUGGUGGAGAGACUCCUGCUGCCAGCAACGGCCUUGCUGCGGGCCCUCAACAGUUCGCUCGGUCACCUCUACAGACCGUUCACAAUCCGGCUUGUGCAUCUCAGUUUUAUUGUGACAAUGCUGCUAGUGUUCUUCCUCGCCAUUCCGGCCGGAAUAUUCGCCGCGAUCGAGCCGGAGUGGGACUACCUGGACUCCUUCUACUACUGCUUCAUAUCGCUCACCACUAUCGGUCUGGGCGACUACAUCCCAGGAGACUACCCUGAUCAACCAUACCGGCCCCUGUAUAAGGUUGCCACUACGUUCUACCUGUUGAUGGGUUUGACAUUCCUCAUGCUCACAUUAACCGUCUUCUAUGACAUUCCUCAACUGAACCUAAGCAGCGUUUUCUCCUCAAUGAAACUCGACGAAGAUCCGGAGAAGUUACGCCUGAGUGGUUCAGGAUUGUUACCGGGGUACGGCAUUGGCGGGCUGGUGAUGAGAGAUGAUUACAACCAUCAUGAUCAACGGCGCUCCGUGGUGCACGUCAGACCUCACGUUGAUGACAGUCCGAGCCCGGAGGACACAACACCAGUCCAUGCUAAGGAUAUGCGAGUGCACUAACUUGCCAUACUUACAAUAACUCUUUGAUUAAAUAUAUUUUAGUUGGACAAACGCCCUGACCAAUUUGAAAAUAAAUUCAAAAUGGCGCGCAUUUAUUUUUAACCCAAAUGAGAUAUUAAGUCAUCCUUCUGUUUGAAAUAACAGAAUUUUAUGAAGUUUAUUCGAGACAAUCCAUCUAAUUAUGUAUUUAAUCAAAAAUCAGUUCUAACAAAAGUACGUAAAGUGAAAAAAUCUGUUCUUUGUAACGACGUAGAUAAUCAUGUGGCAAGUAUAAGGCAAGUAUGUCGAUUGAUCGCAUUUGCUAUUAAUGGGAAAAAAUAUGAAAUGUUAUAGAUUUGUAGAAGGUUAUUAAACCACAGUGGAUAUGUAGCCCUUGCAUUAUUCAUAAGAAAAAAAAAAUGUUUUGUCUAUGGAAUAAGACAGACUUUGUAAUUUUGUAGUUUUUCCAACAUUUUUCAUAAAAAAUAACUAAUUUCAUUGUGACUCUGAAUUCCGAUAAAUAAUCAUAGGUAUCUGACGCAAAAUUAUAACAUAAAUAUUAUCUAUUAAAUCUACAAGUUCCUUCAAGUUCCUUUUUUUGUCUGUGGUUUUCACUAGGCGAGGCGCACUUGAAUUUAUAUAAAUUUUGACUAUGAUAAAAUAUUAUAAUUAAUGAUUGUAAAAGAGCUUUUAAUGUAAACUGUAACCCUGUCUACAACCAAAUGAAAUAUCUUUACUUAUAAUAUAGAAUAAUAUAUUUUAUAAUGUUACACAAUUUCAGAUGUUUAGAUUUUUAAUGUAGGUAGUAAUAAUGUGUGUAGGACUUUAUUAUUUAUAUAUAUUAUACAGAAACAUAUUUGCAAACGUAUCAAAUUUAUAUACAAGAUUUAAUAGACGUCAUUUUAAAAUAUCCUAAGACCUCUUUGAAACUGGAAGCCAA